GGAAUGAACGCUGUCGCACAAAAUGGCGUUGGAGCUGUAUACAGUCUGUGUGUCCAGGACUAUAUUCUCCACCGGGAUGACGUCAUGACAGCAGCCCGGUACCCACCUGCGACUCCGGAUGUCUCGUUUGACUAGGACGUCGGUGGUGACGCUGCUGGUGGUGAUCAGCUGUGUUUUUCUUCUGGUCCAGGUCGCCUAUUACCGGAACUACGUCAACGCGCCCGCUCCUUCGCACCUUCCCAGCCACGUGACAUCCACCGACGUCCAAUGGGGGGUCAUCAAGAAGUUUCUGGCGCUAGGCCGCCGUUUUGGCCUUCACUUGUUCCUGGCUGAUACUGCAGCACUGGUGCUGCUCUCCCAGGAUGCUUCGCACUCAGCAUCACGCUGCAGCGUCCUCUGCACGCGCCCAAUCGUGACAUUUGGCCUGUUUGCAAGCCAAUGGAAGUAUGAGCCGCGUCUCCUGCUGGUGGCUAAAGAGAGCGGCUUUGAAGUUUUGGAGCUGCGAGGAGAGGACCCGCGGUUGGUGGGCCUGGACGUGAUGUCAUCACAGAGUGUGCCACUGUUCCUGCUGCUGGAGCUGCACGGCACCAUCAUCCAGGUGGUCUUCCUGUACGAGCGGAGUGGGAACUUCCUGUGGCACGGCGAGCUGCGCCUUCGUUCUCCUGUGGACCAAGCCUUCGCUCCAUUCAAGCAACUGGACUAUGGACGCCAUGCUGGCGCCUACGACAGGCCGCAGAUGAUACUGACAGUAGUGGACGGGCUGGACGUUCGCGUCCCUCAGAACAUCUCCCACUUCCUAUUCCAGAGGAAUCACUCGCGCUUCUUGGAGUGCCAUUACCAUGACGCCCGCAGCUUCUUGCAGAGCUACCCGGAAGACUCGAGUCCUGAGGCAGUGGACUUUCGACGUAAAGUGAAGCUGGUGCUUCGUCUGGCAUCAACAGUGCUUGACCGCCUGGGCAUCCCCUUCUGGAUCAGCAGUGGCACAUGCCUAGGCUGGUUCAGGCAGUGCGGUUUGAUCUCAUACAGUCGUGAUGUGGACAUUGGAAUUUUUAUCCAGGACUAUCGCGAUGACAUCAUGAAGGAGUUUAGCAAAGCUGGACUGUCACUCAAACACAAGUUUGGGAAGGUGGAAGACAGUCUGGAACUCUCCUUUGUGCUGAACGACGUCAAGUUGGACGUGUUCUUCUUCUACGAUGACGGCGACCUGGUGUGGAACGGAGGGACGCAGGCCAAGAGCGGCAGGAAGUUCAAAUACGUGUUCCCCAAGUUCUCUCUCUGCUGGGCCCAACUGCUGGAACUGAAGGUCAGAGUCCCAUGCCAGACACUGGACUACGUGAUGGCUAAUUAUGGCCCGUCCUGGAAUGUCCCGGUGAAAACAUGGGAUUGGAAGUCAUCGCCGAGCAAUGUGGAAGAAAAUGGAGUGUGGCCUCCUGCUGAGUGGGAGGAGCUGAUUCAGGUUCACUGAUGGGUGACAAACGGACCCUGAUUAGGACCGUGUCAGGUGACAGAACCCGACUGUGAGAAGGAAGAGCAUUCAGCUGACAAAGCAUUGUAAAGAUGUAAAAAAGAUCACCAUGUUCUGAUGAGCUCCUGGGCCCGACUAGCACCAGUGGUGGGAUCAGAGACAUGUUACUGAAGAUGAGGAAAUAAAGAGACUGAAGAAUGAUGUAAAAACAUCCAGUGAACAAUUGCAUCUUUUUGUCCACUGUGCUCACACUCCAGGGAGCACUUUCAAGAAGCAGGUUUAAAUAACCCAGAGAGGAAUCCAGAAGUGUGGGUCCUACUGUAGGAAUUGAUAAAACAUUUGACCAACAAAAAAGAAUUUCAAUGUAAACAAAAUUGUUUGUCCUUAAUAAUAAACUUCACACGCGGACAGCUGAUGAAACUUCACCUCCCUGUCAGAAGCAGAUUUGGAAGCGACUCUGAAAGU